UAGAAUACACAACAGUGUUUUAGCUUUGAUGGAUUUCACAGAGCACAGAAACUGAAGAGAAGAAGCUGAAGAUGGAAGCUGAUUGUGCUAAAAACUCACGCACUCCCUCAGCUUCACUUCUUAUCAACAUCACCUUCGCUUCUCAAAUGUAGCAGAGUGGCACAAUUAAACUUUCACAAACCAAAACUCCAUGGCCUGCCAAUGCCUUCUGGGCUCUUACUCAUCUUCUUCUCUAUCCCCAAACCCCAAACCCAAAACCCUCAAUAAAAACCCACCAAAACCUCUCGCUCCAUCCUCCAUUUCCUCCCACCUCUCAACCACGGAUGAUAAUGAUGAAAACGAUAAAACCCAGAAACCCAAUUUCGAUUUCCUCAAGCUUUCUGUAACUCUCACUGUAAUCUCCACCGCUCUCCCCCAAAUCCCAACCGGCAUAGCCGCCGUCAAAGAGAAAAAGCGAGUGCCCAAGAAGUCUACGCUCAAAAAAUCCGAAGCUUUAUCUCAUCAAGAGCUCCAGUCUUGGUCCCAAGGCCUCCCCGUCGUCUCCAAUCGAAUUCCGUACACCCAGCUCUUGAUAUUGAACCAGGAAGGUAAGCUCAAACAUGUUAUCAAGCCUCCUGGUGUUGAAUUGCAAAAAAGGGCAGAGCCCGUAUUGGUUGUUCUCGAAGAUAAUCGGGUUCUACGCACCGUUUUGCCUUCGGUGGAUAGCGACAGGAGGUUUUGGGAACAAUGGGAAGAGUUGAAAAUCGAGUCUUUGUGCGUCAAUGCCUAUACGCCGCCGCUUAAACGGCCGGAGGUUCCGUCACCGUACUUGGGUUUUGUGGCGAAAUGGCCGGCGUUUUUGUCGUCAUUUGUGAAGCCGAAGAAGGAGAGCAAGAGAGCUAUGGAGUUGAGGAGAGCGAGGGAGGAGUUUAAGACGCAGAGGAAGGAGGAGCUUGAGAGAAUGAGGAAGGAACGAGAUAUGAUCGAUAAGGCCAUGAAGGCCCAGAAGAAAGAGGAGGAGAGGAGAGUGAGGAGAGAGAUGAGGAAAAAGAAACACGAUGAGUCAUUGCGUCAGGCACGUAGGAAUUAUCUGGAGAUGGCCAAUGUAUGGGCCAAUUUGGCUCAGGACUCCAAUGUUGCCACUGCGCUUGGACUGGUGUUCUUCUAUAUUUUUUACAGGACCGUAGUGUUUAGUUAUAGGAGGCAGAAGAAGGACUAUGAGGAUAGGUUGAAGAUUGAAAAGGCGGAGGCGGAGGAGAGGAAGAAAAUGAGGGAAUUGGAGAGGGAGAUGGAGGGGAUUGAGGGUGAGGAGGAGGAGGAGAUUGAGCAAGGGAAGGGUGAGCAAAACCCUUAUUUGAAAAUGGCUAUGCAGUUCAUGAAGUCUGGGGCUCGGGUGCGACGAGCUCAUAAUAAGAGGCUGCCUCAGUAUUUGGAGAGAGGCGUGGAUGUCAAGUUUUCGGAUGUAGCUGGCCUUGGGAAGAUCCGGCUUGAGCUUGAGGAGAUUGUCAAGUUCUUCACUCAUGGUGAAAUGUAUAGGAGAAGAGGAGUUAAAAUACCAGGUGGGAUACUUCUUUGUGGCCCUCCUGGAGUGGGUAAGACCUUGCUUGCAAAAGCUGUAGCUGGUGAGGCAGGCGUCAACUUCUUUUCCAUUUCGGCCUCUCAGUUUGUGGAGAUAUAUGUUGGGGUUGGUGCAUCUCGUGUCCGAGCACUUUAUCAGGAAGCAAGGGAAAACGCUCCAUCGGUUGUCUUCAUUGAUGAGUUGGAUGCUGUUGGAAGGGAGCGUGGUUUGAUCAAGGGUUCUGGUGGGCAAGAACGUGAUGCUACUCUUAAUCAGCUCCUUGUUUCUUUGGAUGGGUUUGAAGGAAGAGGUGAAGUGAUCACUAUUGCUUCCACAAAUAGACCAGACAUUCUAGAUCCAGCUCUUGUCAGACCUGGACGGUUUGAUCGAAAGAUAUAUAUCCCUAAGCCUGGUCUUAUAGGUCGCAUUGAAAUUUUGAAGGUCCAUGCACGCAAGAAGCCUAUGGCUGAAGACGUGGACUAUAUGGCUAUUGCUAGUAUGACUGAUGGAAUGGUUGGUGCAGAGCUAGCUAACAUAGUUGAGGUUGCCGCAAUCAACAUGAUGCGUGAUGGAAGGACUGAGAUUACUACUGAUGACCUAUUACAAGCUGCACAAAUGGAAGAAAGAGGAAUGCUGGAUAGGAAGGAGAGAAGUUUAGAUACAUGGAAGCAAGUAGCUAUUAAUGAGGCCGCUAUGGCUGUUGUUGCCGUGAACUAUCCUGACCUUAAAAAUAUUGAGUUCGUCACAAUUGCUCCUAGAGCUGGUAGGGAGUUGGGUUAUGUGAGAAUGAAAAUGGAUCCUAUCAAGUUCAAAGAAGGAAUGCUUACUCGGCAAUCACUCCUGGAUCAUAUCACUGUUCAACUGGCACCACGUGCAGCUGAUGAACUUUGGUUCGGUGAGGAUCAGUUAAGUACUAUAUGGGCUGAAACGGCAGACAAUGCUAGGUCAGCCGCACGAACGUAUGUUCUUGGUGGCCUAUCAGAGAAACAUCACGGGCUAUCUAAUUUCUGGGUUGCAGAUCGACUCAAUGACCUUGAUACGGAAGCAUUGCAAAUUGUCAACAUGUGUUAUGAACGUGCAAAAGAGAUUCUGCGGAAAAAUCGAAAGCUCAUGGAUGCGGUGGUGGAUGAACUUGUCCAGAAGAAGAGUUUAACCAAACAAGAAUUCUGUAGCCUAGUUGAGUUACAUGGUUCAAUCAAACCUAUGCCACCUAGCAUACUUGACAUCAGGGCUGCCAAACGGAAGCAGUUCCAAGAUAUGAUGAUGAACCAAAAGGAACCAGCUUUGGGGAGCAAUUUAUGAAUAAGAUGUGGAGAUAUGGUAGAUUCUUAAUUAUCUUUGAUGUGGACGAAGCAAAACAUAUGAGUCGGGCGUGUCAUUUAAAGCGGUGAUUGAUUUUGCGAGCAUCUUGUCCAAUGAUUGAUAUUUAUCAUGCUCGGCAGCCUGGGUGAGCAGGUUGUGGAACCCUAUCUGUUGAUCAUAAAAGAAAUAUGGGGGAAGUCAUGCGAAGAAACGUUAAUCUGAGGGAGAAGCAGCCUUCAGUAUUCUUUUGUUCGAUUUGUAAUUUACAAGUGUUCUGUUUCAUUUGCAUCCUACCCCGUCUUAAUCUAUUCGAUUUACUUGGCUACUUGGACGGAAUGGUUCUAGUAGCUCAAUUUGAUCAAAAUUUUUUGUACGGAUGCUUAGGUAUAAACUAGUCUCUCCGCAUGUUAUUCUGCGCC